UUGAGUCAAAUCGAACUAAAUACGGACAUCGUGUUCGCUUUACUCUUUUCCAUACCAUGGAUGUUAUUUGGAGCUAUACUAGUUGGAAGUGAACUCACUCUGUUCCUAACGAAAUUUUCUCUAAGGUGGUGGAUCUGGGAAACGACAAUGCUUGAUAGAUUUCCGAGGAACUCACCAGAAUUAAUUUACUUCAUUUAUAUUUACGGAAGAAAUCCUCUAUGA